UUGCGGUUUAUGGCCGAGGAUGUCUGGAUAUUUUGAGCAGGCCGAUGGGCCCCGUUUAGGCGUCCCGGCCGAUGCCGAAGACUUCACCAUGAGCCGGAAAAUGUUUAUGUCCCAGGCCAAAAAACUGGUUGCCAAGGAGAUGGAGGCUGCUCAGCAAGCCGAUGUGUCAAAAGGUUCUGGUGACGGCUCCAAGUCACAGGCCGAUGCGGCAAAAAAAGCCGGUGGUGAAGAGGAAGAAGGCCGCUGAGGGCCAGCGUACUCUCACCGAGACGGGUCUGGUGCCGUCUCAAGGUGCUAAGAAGACGAAGUCGAACCCUUCCCUCAAUGAUGCUGCUAUGGCCGAUGCGCAGGCAUCGGUUCAAGGGGGAGCUGCCUCCGAUGUACAAGUCAUCGAGGAUCUGACAUUGAAUGUCGCCUCGUCCACUUUAGUUCCUGACAAGUCUGGUGCUGCUGCUAAAGAGAGGGCCCGUUCCAGCCGAGACCUGACCUCCGGUCUUUAUGAGGUGACGGUGCGGUACCCGCCGAAGGGCGGUUUAUUCAAUGAGAAGGUUUCUGGGCACGACGUCCUGUUCCAUGCCAUAUCUGAUGCUGACAGGGAGUACCUGCGUCGGCAGAGCAAGG